AUGUCCAACUGCUACUGGCAUAAAAAACUUGAUGAAGAGUCAUCCUAUCUGUGUGCAUUCAACACACCAUUCGGUCGAUACAAGUUCAAUCGCAUGCCUUUUGGCAUAUAUUCUGCAUCGGAUGUAGCGCAGAAAAUGGUAGAUGAUGAAUUUUCUGACAUCCCUGGUGCACUAGCAGUACAUGAUGACAUCAUAGUCUCAGGUGCCAACACAGAGGAGCAUGACAUAGCUCUAGAGAAAGUCCUACAUCGAGCAAGAGAACGAAACAUAAAAUUCAACAAAGAUCCAACUACGAGUCACUGA